CAAGCGCCUUUCUUGUUGCACUUUCGUGAAGUUUACGACGAUAAUGCGCUGAAGAAAGAAAAAUUUAUUAACCUGUGGUUUCAGGAAUGAGGAGUACUAAUUUCAUGCUGAUGUUAUAUCAUUGUUUACAAGUUUUAUAUUAAUGCCAACCAUUAAUGCCGCGUCCUCAAUUCUAGGUGCAAAUGGAGAUCGACCAACGAACGUCAGCAACUAGAAAUGACCGAAGUACCUAAUUUACGAGUGUAUGAUUUCGCUCAUCCAACACCAGUAUCUCUUCAAGAAUUGUCAGCCAUCGCCGUUAGUCUCCAAAUAUGGCGCCGUCGAAUGGAAAAAUACCGUCAGAGUGGUACGUUGACUACACUUCGUCCAAAAAAAGAACGUAUCUCGUUGAAAACUGAGCUGCCCGAUUUACCCUCCAAGAUUUAUAAGACUAUCGAAGCGUAUUUCACCCAAUUCGGACGUUCGCUGGAGAUUUGGCUCAACUACCAUCUUUUCACAGUUUAUGUCCGUUAUUAUGAGCAUAAGAACCUUGUUUUGAACGACUUCGAUGAUUUCGUUUGCGAUUAUCUGGGGAAAAUUCAUUAUGUUAGAACUGCCGAACGUAUUAUGCGUUGCGAUCGAAUUCACGUCGAUGAAAAAUUCAUCAUCGCUUGUAUUUGUUUUUUCGAAGACGAUAUUAGAAGACUCUGGCCGUCAGUGUGUUCAAGAAUGCAAUCGGAUGGUGAUAAUAGAGAAUUUCAGCCGAAAAUGGAGCGGUUAAACAUGCACUUGAAAUAUAUUCACUUUUACUCAUGUCCACAACUGUAUUACUGGGUUAAAUGUUUUAAUGCUCACUCGGGUAAUAUAACCUUAGCAUCCUGGUUAGAUAAGCCCAACUAUUUAGAAACGGAAAUGUUCAAUGAGCACCGGUGUAGUAUUCGACUUUCAUUGGAGUAUUUUUGGGAUCGCCAGCCUCUCGAAUUAAAAAUGCAUAGAGCUAUUGAACUUCACGACAAUGAUAUGGUUUGUUUUAUUAGUGUCAUUCUACCAAAAUUGGAUGAUCAACAGCUGGAUGAAUUUGUCAAGAAGCGCGGUCGACAUUUGAUGUGUAAGCUGUUGGAUUACGAUCGGUUUGUUGAAGGCGUCGUUCUGACAAUUUGGUUCUACAUAAGAAACAUAAUGAAUGAAAAAUCUUUCGCUGGCAUGAUAGCGGAAAUGUUGGAAGUGAAUUACAAUUGCCCCCGCAAAAUGAAAGAUAACCAUGAGGAUGACGAUGAAGGUGACGUUGCGGAUGACGAUGAAGAAGACUCUGAAGAUGACGAUGAGGACAUGGCUGAAACCAACGAUGAGCAUAACCAUAACAUUGAGUCAGACGAUGACUUCGACGAAGACAGCAGAAUGGAGGAUUACGAUAGCAUUGACGAAUAUGAAUAUCCGAUCGAAAUGUCACGCGAUGAAGAUGACGAUAGCUACGUCUCUAGCUUCGGUGCCAACCGUUGGAAAGGAGUAAUUGACUUGAUGGAGAGCGACCGGGUUAACGUUUACAAUUGUGAACCUAGAAAGUGGGACUCGUACUUGCAUUUUUGUCGCAAAAUAUGGAACUACACUCCGCAUAAUUUGAAACGAUCGAUUAUUAAAGGUAUCUCAGUUGACAGUAGAUUGUUGGGAAAGUCGCAUGCUACUGGUAAUAUUAAUUCAAGACAGAUCAACAUCGAGCUAUUAGUACUUAUUCUACAAUGCGCAUCUUUGGAAGAGAGAAUGUCAUUUUGGCAGAAUUGCUGGCCUCUUUUAAUUGCAGCAGCUCGAGGCGACGAUUUGCAACGAAUUGCAGCCCUGUGCUUUGAAAACGAACAUCAGAUCAAUGAAUUCAAGCAAAACAUCAUAGGCUCCAGCGAACAUAUGCGUAUAUUUUGUUUUCAAUUAUUGCGUAAUGGCGAGUAUUUCGACUGUUUGGCCGAGUUGGUGAGUUUUGUUUGGCCCGAAGUGCAAAACGCGAGGAAUUUCAAGCAGCAAAUUCUUCGAGAGUGUUUUCUCAACACUCGUUCUAAAUUCGAAGCCAACAUUGUUCUUUACCAUAAAAAAUUCAAUGAUUUUAUCGCCGAUGCGUUCGACAGCGUUGAUUUAUCGACCGAGUUCAAAACUCAACUAAUUUUGUCAUCAGCGAUACAGAAUACCUUAUGGCGACUUAUUUACCGAGGAAGAGUUUCUGUGCAACAGGUUUUGGAAUUUAUGGGCACCUUCGUUGCGACGGAAGAAACUUUAGGACUGCUCAAAUGGAAUAUGAUUGGUAUUGUGAAAGCGUAUGUGAAUACUAAUUCACUAGAACGUGAAUAUCUAUCAAACAGACCAGAUAUCAAAUCGAUUUUAUUAUGGUGCUUGGGAAGGGAAGAGGAUUUUUUUGACAACUAACGAUUUGUUUUGAAUGUUGAUGGAUCAGGAUUCAAGCUAUUUCAAUCGUAUUCAAACGAUUAGGUAGAUGUAUUGCUUGAAUUUUUUUUCCAAUUUUAGAAUGAGAGUUUUGAAAUAAACUUCAGUCGCAGUUCUCUAAUUUUUCAACAUUUGCAUCGAACAAAUAUUUCAAAACGAGUUUUUGUCGUUUUUUUUUUCUCCAUGUGUAAGGUUUAUAUUCAACAUGUUUCACAAUUUGUUGUAUGUAUUUAUUUUGUAUUUCAGUUAACCUUAUUUGUGUUAUUUUUGUUUUUUUUUUUUAAACAAUUUUUACAAUAUAUGUAUGAAGAUAAUCUGUAAUUCGUUCGUCAUCAAGUUUCGUAAAUUUGCGAGUAAAUUUUAAAUCCUUUCAGAGACUUUAUGUUUUCAUAAUAUUUUGCAUCAUUUCAAUGUGUCAGCUUACGUGAAUUAUUUUACUUGACAAUAUUUAGAGUUGAAAUUUUUAUAUUUCAGGUACCUAUAUGAUUUUAUCUCGUUUGAGUUAUUUUAUUUUUCCAGCACUCUCAUUCGUGAUUAGUUUAGUUUUAGUGUUUUAAAUACUUGGGAAGUGUUGAUAAUUCAUUUCAAUUUCGUUGGUUGUAAUUUUCAUGAAAUUGAAACACUUUGUACAUGUUUUUUGUUUUUGUUUUUUUUUUUGUUAAUUUAGUAGGUACUCUUACUCGAUGAUUCAAAUGUUUCCUGAUGAUAUUCAUAGAUUUUUUGAGAACAUAUGAUUGAUAGAUCAAUCUUUAGCUUUAAGAAAAGUUGAUUUUUGAAAUACACAUAUGUAUUUUCAUGAAAUCGUGUACGAGUUUUCUCAUUUAUUAAGAGAUGAUCCUUUUUGAACAUUUCAUUUGUGUGAAAAACUGUCAACCAAUCUGUAUUAUUGGUCAAAUACAUAUAUUAUAAAGUU